AUGGGUAAUACGACGUCCAGUACGGACUGGGGGUAUCAGAAGGUUGGAAGAUAUCAGCAGCAGCAACAGCAGCGGCGACAGCAGCGGCAAGGUGUUGGAGGUGAAGCUAAAGGAGGGUCCGUGCAGCAUGGGACGAAGGAAAGGGUUCGACAGCAGUCAAUUACGUCGCAGUUGUUUCCGGGUAGGCAUCAGGCCAGGUCGAAAUGGAAGUCGCAGCGAAAUGUUGCGCCGGGGGCAGUAUCUGGGGUUGGUGGGGUGGAUCAUUUGUUUAAACGGGAUUAUUCGUUGAGUGACGAUUCGUCUGCAGUCGGGAUGGAGGGGGUACAAGAGGAGGGGGGGGUCGAUUUAAUCGGAAUGCCCAAUGUGGCGGGCUUGAAGUUAGACUCGCGUGCGCAGGCUAUAAUGUCGCCGGGCCCUUCGUCUGCGACAGUUGAACAUUCUAAAUUGGAAGCGUCGAUAUCGCCGGAACUGGCAGCUCAGGUGCAUCGGCCAAGUAUCGUUGCGUUGAAACAGAAUUUGAUUCAAGGGCAUAUGGGGCAUCCGCUGCAUUCACCCUUGCGCGACGACUACGAUGGCGACGACGACGAUGGCGAUACGGCGCCGUCUAGCUCUUACGUUCCUUCAGCUACAAUUGACAUUCCUUAUUCAAACCCAUCCACCAUGAAUACACUUUCGAUCAUAGCGCAGCAUCAAGAGGACUAUUCUACGAGGUCAUCAGCUGUGUCGAUAUCCACACAAGACCUAGAUGGGUAUAUUGAGAAUAGUGAUGUUGUCUUAAGCGAGGCACUAGUAGAUUCGGUGGUUAAAAAUGAUAUGAGACGGAAAAGGCAACUUCAAAAACAGUCAGCAGAGGCCUCAGAGGCGAUUAAUGAAAAUAAAAAUGAAGCAAACCAGCAACCUGAUGUUAAAAAAGCUAAAGUUCCAAUGUCUAACUUGUUGAAACCAUCUAAACAGAUGGGGACUGUCACUGGGACGUUUCUGCCGCAGUCCGAACUCAAAGAUUCGGGGUCGUUUGAGUAUGGUAGUGUCCAACACGUCGAAGUCGCAGCUGAUGAUAACUACAGUGAUGAUUGUCCCGAACGUGUACAAGUUAUUAUAAAAUGGAGAGAUACAAAUGUUGAUCCUAGAACUUCUAAAAUAUCCAUUAUUAGUAGCGACAUUGCAUCUGUUGUUCAGCCCACUAGAAAGAGAAAAAAAAUCCCAAUGGUUUAUUUGGAACAAGAACAAUGUUGGGCAGCGGAAGACCUUAAGUUACCUGCAGGAAUUUACAAAUUAAUGUUUUUUAUUAAUGGUCAGGUUAGACAUUCAAAUUAUCUGCCAACAGCAACAGAUUCUCUAAGCAACAUCGUCAAUUGGUUCGAAGUGGUUCCUGGCUAUGAUCAAAUUGAACCAUACAGGGACGCCGCGAUCGAACGCUCUCCAAACGAAUUGGCGGCAUAUAAUGAAACAUCGCUAUUACUUACAAAUGAGACCCCUUCCCCGGCAAAUAUCAGACCACCGUUAAUAAAUAGAGGUACAUCCUCAUCCAGCAGAGCAAGAGUUAUUGAAAGAACUAACACACCUAUAUCAGAUUAUACUGGCGUCUUAGCUCGUAACAGUUGUUCAAAUCCUGCAAUUUAUAGGCAUAAAUCGAACAAUAGCACAGACGUCGAUAUUCUUCCAAAACAACCAACGCUGAUUUACAGUAGUGAUGUACCCGAAUUAUUCAAGGUUGGGAAUGCUUCCACAGGUGGAAGCCAACAAGGCUCAGAUAAAAAUAAAUUGCAAAACCCUUCAAAAUAUCUUCAAGAUUCCCCUAAUUUCAUGAAAAAUGUUCAGGAUUGUAACCAAGAUGAACUGUUCCAUUAUUUGCAGGAAAAGUGGAAUAUGAAUGCCCAGGAAGCAGAAGAAGUUUUUCUAGAAAAAUAUUCUGUUCCUGAUUUACCCAUCUAUCUCAAUUCGACUUCUCUCAAUGAGAUUUUUAAUAAAUUGCAACAAAAUAGUGCCAUGGGAGAUUUACCCAAAAGGAAGUCACUGACGCACAUCAUCCCACAUGUUAACCUAAAUCAUUUACUAACUAGCAAUAUUAGGGACGAAAUAAUCAGUGUUGGAUGUACGACUAGGUAUGAAGGGAAAUUCAUUACUCAAAUUAUGUACGCACCAUGUUAUUAUGAAAAUUACGAAUGA